AUGGUUUCUGUGCCCAAAAUUCUGCAGGUGAUCACUCGCCUAUUUGAGUCUCCCCAGCCAUCCUUUAGGCCGGCGGAUGCUUACCUGGUCCUGAAUUUUUUGCGGGGCAUCCCGUUGGAUUUGCGAGGCCCCACUGUCACGAUGAAUAUGUUUAAGAUUGUGCUGCACUGCCCGCAUGCUUCUACACUCUUUGAGAAUAACACGCGGUUAGCUACCAAAGUCAUCUUGACAUUUUUGGUUGAGCGUUUGCGAGACGAUGCGGAAGUUGAAGAGGCGAUGCGGCGCGUUAUUCGAUCCGUGAGCGUCAAUCAGAACUUGUCCACGCCUCUCUACUUGACGAUGACAAGAAAACUCUCGCGCCAAAGGCGUGACUCAUCAACAUCGGAUUCGCCUGCGGCACUGGUGCAGGACGAUGCUCUUGUGGAGGAUCUCCUGGAGCGUGUCAUUCGCCGGAUUCCAAGGGCGGGGCAGGACAUACGUGAGGGUGUCCCUUAUGGCUUUCUGUCGCAAAAGGAAAUGCACAAGCGAGGGGGUCGAGAGUUUGAGAAACCCGAGCUGAUUUUUCUUAUUUCUACGCUGCGCCACGUCACUGUUUCACGCGCGGCGCGGUGUAAGGAUGGUGCCGUGGAAACAGUCUUCAAUCCGAUGCCACUUGCUGCACACAUUGUGGAAGCUGUGAUACGGGGGGUGGAAUCCCUCCCUGCGUUCCGUCACGAGGAUGCACCACCGCGAGCAGAUGACUGGAUUCUCAUUUCGCAUCUGAUGGGUUGUCUUGACAGCCGCCUACAUGAAUUUGGGAAGCGGCUGUGGCGACAAAAGGCACGCCUCUAUGAUCCAACGAGUGUGAAAUUCAACGAGGAUUUUAAUUUACCGAUUUGGCUGGCGGGGUUCUUAUUUUCCUUGCGAGGUACGGAUAAAAUUGAUGCCAUAAAACUAUGGAUUGACAUCAUGACAACUCCUCAGGUCUUGUCGGAAAUGCCUCCUAAAAUGAUGCGGGUUCUGCUUGUUGAUGUGACUUUUGCUCUUCGUAAUGAUUCGGACAGUAAUUUACGUGAGCGGUUAAUUUUGGGAGGGAAUCGAAUUUUGGAUGCAUUGGAUACGGCGUAUAAAUCCUCGUCCUCUUCCACGGUGUCAGCAUCGUCUGAAAGUGUACGAACACGUAUGUCAUUUUCCAGAUUUUUCCCUCCUUUAGAGAAUCCAAAGGAGCUUGAAAAAACUUUUUUACUGCUGAAGGAUGCUUUGGAGUCUGAUGAGGAGGUGGCUUGUGAAUUAAUCGGCGAAUCAGCGGAUUUUGUGCGAUACAUGCAAAGAACGGAGAGGAUUGAUAUGCAAACAUUGUCUACAGUCCUACAGUUGUUGACGAAGCGCGUCCUACGCGUGUUGGAUCAACCCUUUUUGGAUGAUGCGAACACGGAGGCGAUCAUUGCUGCCAUUGUUGCCUUCACUGCACUGUUGCGUGACAUUCAACCAAAGGAGUCUAAUGGAGAGGAGGAUGUCACGCUGAGGAACUUAUUUCAUGCAAUUGCCGUGAAGUUUUUUUAUCAUCAUUCGCUAAAGCCUACUCCGCUUAUCAUUGCUGUAUUAUUACAGUAUAUGGAGUUGCUUGACUUCACUUCAAAUACGCAGUACACAACAAGAGUGCGUGAGCUCAUUCUUACUGCACUGCGGUCGGUUCCGGACAAGGUGCAGGAGAUCAAUUCACACACGGCACAGCAUUGCUUUGACAUGACGCUUCGCGCGGUUCGUUUUCAUGUGAUGGACGAAGAGGUAUUAAUGGGGGCGUCUGUGGCACUGCGACAUGCCACCGAUACUGCCAUCCUGCGCGAGAUGAGUUGGGAGCAACGGAACUUGAUGAUUGAGCGAGGUGCCGCCCUUUACCGCGAAUUGUCACACUCCUUCUCCAGCUUGAAGCAGGCGAGGCGGUUGGGGAAACAGGUGUUGAACGUGACGGCAUUGGCCGCCUCAGAAAAAGUUAAGCCGCGCGAGCCGCAGAUGCAUUCAGAUGGAACACCGAGGCAUAAAGACUUUAGGUGCUUGCGACGAUGCGCGCAGUUGAUGUGGGUGGUGGCGAUGCGGGCGACACUUUUACCAAUUCCACGGACCCCCGUUGAUCGCUACUUGGUAUCGAUGCUACGGUUUGCGAAAAAGCACUGGAUUGCGGAGACGUUGACGACAAGUGAGCAAACAGAGAAAGCCGCAAAAGAUACGGCUGUACAUCAAGUUGAUGAGAAAUUAAGUCAUGAGUUUUUGGAUGUCUUACUACCGUUAUUUCAUCCGCUUAUCGUUUUAGGAGUCACAGACAAGAGGGCUUUUUACGCGAACUUUCGGCGUAACAAAUUCAUCAUAUCCACCGCCUGUGAGAUUUUACAGAGGAAUAGUGAUUUCUUAUCGCCAUGUGUGUGGUACCAUGUACAGCGGACAUUUUCAAAUCUUUUCUCGAUCUUGCAAGGCCAAAUUACACCGCUUGAAUUGAAAGUGCUCCGGUUGGCUUUAAAACAGACUCUUCGAAGUGUUCAGGCAUGUGGCAAUCGUGGGACAUGGCACCUGACGGAGCAAAAAAAGUCUCUUCGACAAGAAACGGAAGAUGAAACCAUUUUAACCCCGAAAUGGAUCGGUGACAUGUUCUCUUGUGCCGAGUUCGUUGAUGACCCGGACCUACGGCUCUACCUUAUCUCGCUUCUCACGGAGCAACUGGAGGUGGUGGGCAACGAGGCGACGAAUGAGACAGAAACAUCGGUUUCAGAAGAGGAAAAGUCACGGUUGAUUUGUUUAAAGAAGACAAUGUUGACGUUGCGGCGUGGCUCCGUGCUAUAUUAUUAA